CGUCAUUCGCUCCGGCUGAAGCUGAAGCUGAAGCCUGUCUUCUGCUAUCGUCGAUUGCUGCAUUUCUAGCAAAUGAACAAAAACCGAGGCAGUAGUUUCUCUUGGCAAGCUAACUGGUGCUGAUCGACCUCGUUGGGUGACCUUUGGUACCUACGUUUCGUUUCUGCCUGCGGCCUGGUCUCUAACGCUCGAGGCUUUUCGUGAUUGCGGCUGCCGAGACUUGCCAGACUGGCGAUGGUAGUGCGGCCGACGGGUGUUAGGCUCCUCUAAAGAAAUGCCAGUAGUACGGGGAAAACAUGGACCUCUCGUUGGUGCCAUUGAUGAGGGUACUAGCAGUGCCCGCUUCUUGGUAUUUUCAGCAGAGACUAAGCAAAUAGUUUCAAAACAUCAAGUUCCAAUAAGUUUGAUAUAUCCUCGAGAAGGAUGGGUUGAACAGGAUCCUGUUAUGAUUCUGGAUGUGGUGCGUGAAUGCAUUUCUAAAGCUGUGGAUAAUCUAAGUGAGGUGGGCUGUUACCCAUCUGAUAUUGCAGCUGUUGGCAUUACAAACCAACGUGAAACCGUUGUGGCUUGGGACAGAACAACUGGCAAACCAUUCCAUAAUGCUAUUGUGUGGCAAGAUAUGCGCACUAGCCAUGCUGUUGAUGAGUUGAUUUCCAAGUUGCCAAAUGGUGACAAAAAUGGGUUGGCAUCUAAAAAUGGUUUACCACUGAGUCCCUACUUCAGUGCAACUAAAAUUACAUGGCUUAUUCAAAAUGUACCAGAGGUGAAACUUGCCUUGGAUGAGGGACGUCUGCUAGUUGGAACCAUUGAUACUUGGCUCAUCUGGAAUCUGUCCGGGGGUGUCAAGAAUGGCCUUCACAUCACAGACGUAUCUAAUGCCUCCCGCACAAUGCUCAUGCAUAUUGAUACAUUGAAAUGGGACCCAUCUCUAUGUGAGUUUUUUGAAGUCCCAAUGAAAAUUCUCCCAGAGAUUCAUAGCUCUGCUGAAAAGUAUGGUGAGAUAGCUGAGGGAAAAUUACUGGGAGUGCCCAUUUCUGGUGUGCUGGGAGAUCAACAUGCUGCUCUGGUGGGUCAAAUGUGUUUCCAGUCAGGACAGGCCAAAAGCACCUACGGCACAGGCUGUUUCUUGUUAUACAACACAGGAGAAACAAGAGUUGAAUCGAAAUUCGGUCUGGUGUCUACUGUUGCCUACCAAAUGGGACCUCACAAAAAACCUGUAUAUGCUCUGGAAGGGUCAGUUGCUGUGGCAGGUGCUGCCUUCAACUGGCUGCGUGACAAUGUAGAUAUGUUGUCUGACAUCAGCCAGAGUGAGGCACUUGCAGACAGUGUUGGAAACACUGGUGAUGUUUAUUUUGUCCCUGCUUUCUCUGGCUUGUAUGCACCAUAUUGGAUCUCAGAUGCCCGGGGAGUAAUGUGCGGCAUUUCUGAAACUACGUCUCGAUCUCACAUCAUUCGCGCGACGUUGGAAGCAGUCUGUUUCCAGACGAGGGACAUUCUGGACGCCAUGAACGGGGACUGCGGCGUGCCCCUGUCCCGUUUGCAAGUGGACGGUGGCAUGACAGCAAAUCACCUGCUGAUGCAGCUUCAGGCAGACUUGAUUGGAAUUCCUGUCGUACGACCAAAGAUGGCAGAAACAACAGCACUUGGAGCUGCAUUAGCUGCUGGCUGUGCCAAAGGAAUAGACCUCUUUGAUUUGGAUGAGGAACAGCGGAUGCCAUCUGAUGUUUUUGAACCAAAAAUUAAUGAGGAAGAGCGAAAUGAGAGGUACAACAAGUGGAAGAUGGCAGUGGAACGCAGUCUGGGGUGGGAAACAUAAGACAUUAUUCAACCUGUUUUCAAAUUGUUGGAGAGUUAUGAUACCAAAAGCUGUAAUCUUAUCUUAUCUUGAAGGCUAUGUUCAGAGGUUGUUCUGAGAUUACAAUUGAACUUUAUACUGUUUGGUGCCAUCAAGUUUAUAUGAAUUUUAAAAUGGAGAUUAUUGUUUUGUUAAAGUUUUCCAUAUUUUUUUAAUACCUAUUCUAAAAUAAUUUUGAAAAGUUGUGAGUGAUUUUUAGUUUUAUUUCAGAUGUAUGACGUUUUAUAAGUAUUCCAUUUCAUGAGGAUGAUCUAUUUUGCAUUUUUUUUUAUAAACUCUAUCCUUGUUUUCAUGUCUUCAUUGUAAGUGUGUGCGGUCGAAAUGACAGAGGUGUAUUUGCCAUGACUUUAUGUGGAAAUAGAUUUUUCCUUUUACUUAAAACCGA